AUGGUGUGCCGUGUGUGGCAGGUUCCUAUGGAGACCACGCAGAGUUCUUUCUUCUUUCUGGUGGCUUUCUGUGCAUUCUUCUCCUGUGUACCUAAAGCGGAGGCAGCAUGUGAGGUAAACACCUCCAUCAUCUCCUUUCGAGAAGAUGUUCCCCCAGGUACAGUCAUUAUGAAGAUACCCAGAGUAUCUGGCGAGCAGUGGGCAUUCCGAGAGGACGGACCACGUGGUUUCAUUGAGCUGCGAGCCUCUCAGCACCAAGUUGUCUUCUACUUCGCCAGGGAGCCCGACCUGGAGUACCUGAAUGAACUCACGACACUGACUCGCGAGUCUCUCCCCUUUACUCUGGAAUGUUCGUACGAUGGCUGGAAACAUGUGUUCAAGCAAGAAAUUGUUCUCAUUGAUGUCAAUGAUAAUGACCCUGAGUUUGACCCCGAGCUUCCGGCAACAGUAACCGUGAAUGAGAAUACAAGUCCUGGCACCAGCAUUUUACAUCUCCGUGGCUACGCACGAGACCGGGACAUCACGGGCGUGGUGAACUCUUACAACAUCUCGCGCCACGUGGAUGCAGAGAAUGAUGGCUAUGAAUAUUUUGGUGUUACGGGAAACGGAAAUGAACUCAUGCUGCGACAACCUGUGGACUUCGAUUUCCUUCGGCUAAUGGAUCGCUCGUCCUAUGUCCUCAACCUCACAGCAAUAGUGAGUUGAUAACACCAGUGGACAUUGCAUGGCCUAGCUCCACGGUGGUUUAUUUGUUCUCUUUUUCUUUAGAAACCUUGUUUUCCAAAUAUUUGUCAAAGACCAACAGUACGUCUCACACUUACUUUCAUUAAUUCUUUCUUUUUAUCCUCUUUAUUUGUUUUUUGUUUAUUCUGUUUACCUUUUUUAA